UCCGUGCGGAACGGAACAGAACUUGGCCAAGGAGAACGAAAAGAACUGAGAAAAGAAUCUUUGAUCGCCGUGCAAGAAAGUGAAAACGGCUGUGAAAACAGACACCAAAAAAACGUUUGUGGGGCAAACAUUUGCCAAUUAAGAAUCGUCGUUGUUGUCGGCGCGUGUGUGAAGUGGGGGAGUGUGGAGUGGAGUGAAAUACGUCUACGAGAUGUCCGAGUUUGUGCGGGAACAUGGCGAGUAUGUGUGGGUGAAGCCGCAGAAUGCCACGAGCGAGUUUGCAGUGCCUUUCGGGGCCCGUAUCGUGCGCACGGAGAAGACCCAGACCCUGGUGUGCGAUGAUCGCAAGAAGCAGUUCUGGGUGCCAGCCGGGGACGUGCUCAAGGCCAUGCACAUCACGUCGCAGGAGGAUGUGGAGGACAUGAUCACGCUGGGCGACCUGCAGGAGUACACGAUCCUGAGGAACUUGGAGAACCGCUACGCCAAGCAGUUGAUAUACACUUACACCGGCUCCAUGCUGGUGGCCAUCAAUCCCUAUCAGAUCCUGCCGAUCUACACGAAUCGGGAGAUCCAGCUGUACAGGAACAAGGCCUUGAACGAGCUGCCGCCGCACAUCUUCGCCAUCAGCGACAACGCGUUCCAGCGGCUGCAGCGGCACAAGGAGAACCAGUGCGUGGUCAUCAGCGGCGAGUCGGGGGCGGGCAAGACGGAGAGCACCAAGCUGAUCCUGCAGUACCUGGCCGCGAUCAGCGGCAAGCACUCGUGGAUCGAGCAGCAGAUCAUCGAGGCCAAUCCGAUAAUGGAGGCCUUCGGCAAUGCCAAGACCGUGCGGAACGACAACUCCUCGCGCUUCGGGAAGUACAUCGAGAUCCGGUUCACGCCCGAGGGCGCCAUCCAGGGGGCCCGCAUCCAGCAGUACCUGCUCGAGAAAUCGCGCAUCGUCUUCCAGAGUCGGGAGGAGCGCAACUACCACAUCUUCUACUGCAUGCUGGCGGGGCUCACGCCGCCGGAGCGGCAGCGUCUGAUGCUGCAGGAGCAGUCCCCCAGCCAGUACCACUACCUCUCGCAGGGCGGGUGCUUCACCCUGCCCGGCAGGGGCGAUGCCAAGGACUUUGCCGACAUCCGGGCGGCCAUGAAGGUGCUCUCCUUCAAGCCGGAGGAGAUGUGGAGCAUACUCUGCCUGCUGGCGGCCAUCCUGCACCUGGGCAACCUGCGCUUCAAGGCCACCGAGGUGGCCAACCAGGAGGCGGCCGAGGUGCAGGACGACGAGACCCUCAAAAGGGUGGCCAAGCUGCUGGGCAUACCGGUGGCUCCGUUGAACCUGGCCCUGACCCAGCGCACAAUAUUCGUCCAUGGCGAGCACGUGACCACCAGCCUGUCCAAGGAGUCGGCCCUGGAGGGACGCGACGCCUUCGUGAAGUCCCUGUACGACGGCAUCUUCGUGCGGAUCGUGCGGCGCAUCAAUGAGACGAUCAACAAGCAGCCGGACCGGCCGAUGAACAGCAUCGGGGUCCUGGACAUCUUUGGGUUCGAGAACUUUGACAACAACAGCUUCGAGCAGCUGUGCAUCAACUAUGCCAACGAGAAUCUACAGCAGUUCUUUGUGGGGCACAUCUUCAAGAUGGAACAAGAUGAAUACCAGAACGAGCACAUCAACUGGCAUCACAUCGAGUUCCAGGACAAUCAGCAAAUACUCGACCUCAUUGGCAUGAAACCGAUGAACCUCAUGUCCCUGAUCGAUGAGGAAUCAAAGUUCCCCAAGGGCACGGACAGCACCCUGCUGGAGAAGCUCCAUGUCCAGCAUGGCAAUCGCUCGAUUUAUGUGAAAGGCAAGACCACGCAGACCUCGCUGUUUGGCAUCCGCCACUAUGCGGGUGUCGUCAUGUACAAUCCGCUGGGAUUCCUCGAAAAGAAUCGCGACUCGUUCAGCGGCGACCUGAGGGCGCUGGUUCAGCGCUCGGCGAACAAGUAUCUGGUGGAUAUCUUCCCCCACGAAAUGCCCAUGGACACGGCCAAGAAACAGCCGACGCUGUGCGUGAAGUUCAGGAACUCCCUGGACAUGCUGAUGAGGACCCUCGCGCAGGCGCAUCCCUACUUCAUAAGGUGCAUCAAGCCCAACGAAUACAAGGAGCCAAAGAACUUUGACAAGGAGCUCUGUGUGCGACAGCUACGCUACUCGGGCAUGAUGGAGACGGCGCGCAUCCGACGCGCAGGAUAUCCCAUACGAACCGCCUACCGCGCCUUCGUGGAGCGCUAUCGAUUGCUGGUGCCGCCCACGGGACCCCUGGAGAAGUGCGACUGUCGCCAGGUGGCGCAACAGAUCUGUUUGGCCACACUGCCCGCCGACUCGGACCGCCAGUUCGGCAAGACCAAGCUCUUCCUGCGGGACGAGGAUGAUGCCAGCCUGGAGGUGCAGCGUUCGCAGCUGAUGCUCAAGUCGAUUGUGGCCAUACAGCGAGGGUUCCGGCGCGUGCUUUUCCGGCGAUAUCUGCAGAGAUACCGCCAGGCGAUCGUCACCGUGCAGCGGCAUUGGCGGGGUCGCCUCCAGCGUCGUAAGUACCAGAUCAUGCGCCAGGGCUUCCACCGGUUGGGCGCCUGCGUAGCUUCCCAGCAGCUGACCACGAAAUUCACGAUGGUAAGAUGCCGCACCAUCAAGCUGCAGGCCCUCGCGCGGGGCUACCUCACCCGCAAGGACUUCCAGUCGAAGCUGGCGGCCCGCAGACAGCUGCAGAAGGACGAGCAGCAGAAGAUGGUGCGCCUGAAGGAGGAGCAAGAGCUGCAGCGGCUCAUGCAGCAGCAGGAGCAAAAGGCACAGAAGGAGCAAGAGCAGCGGCGUCUCAGCGAGGAACAGGAGGCGCAGCGUCUCAAGGCCGAGGAGGAGCAGCGGCUCAAGGCCGCGGAGGAGCAGCGGCUCAAGGACGAGGCGGCCACCCGCAAUGCCCUGGCCAUGGCCGCUCUGCAGCAGCCCAAGCGCACAAAGUCCCUCAAGCAGGAGGCACCCAAGGCGCCCACCCAGCAGGCGCGCAUGUCCCUGCCGCCGCCACCGACCACUCUGAUCGUCGCUGCUCCUGUGGCCACGCGUCCCGCCAGUCAGACCACCGCCAAGGCCACGAACGGCAUUGCCCCCAUACCGGAGAGCCCGCAGGGCUACAACGACGUGGAGUCCUCCAAGCAGAUGGUGGACGAUGUGUUCGGCUUCCUCAACGACGAGCCCGAUGCUGCUCGGAAGAGACUCCAGGCCAUUGCCUCCGGCGACACCAUACGCCUGCCCAAGCCGGUGGCCAAGAACAUAGACACCUCGGACUUCAGCUAUCUGAAAUAUGCCUCCACUUACUUCUGCGGUGGCGCCUCGGCACAGCAUGAGAGGAAGCCCCUGAAGCAGGCCCUGCUCAAGCAUGAGCUGCCUUUGGAUGAAAUGGCCUCAAAGGCCAUUUGGUUGACGAUUCUGCGCUUCAUGGGCGAUAUACCAGAGGUAGCCCCGUCGUCGCCCAUUCUCCCCUUGGACGAUGCCAAUAUCAUGAGUGAUUUGUCGCGGCUCUUGAGCGCAUUUGGUUCUUCAAAGCCCCGACUAUUUGUGCGUCAGGCCCUCAAGCGUCCCUCCAAGCUGCAGGGCAGCAGCCAGAGGGAGGCCGAGAUGUUCUACCAGCACUGGCUCAAUGCCUCCAGCAGCCAUCUGGAUAAGCUGCACUUCAUCAUUGGUCAUGGCAUCCUGAAGGAUAACCUGAGAGAUGAAAUUCUUGCUCAGAUCUGCAAGCAGCUGUACUUGAAUCCCAGUCGCACUUCCUAUUCCCGGGGCUGGCUGCUCCUGUCCCUCUGCCUGAGCUGCUUUCCGCCAAGCACGGACUUUGAGCCGCAUCUCCGGAGCUUCAUGAAGCAGGGAACCGCCCAGCUCCAGGCCGCACCCUCGCUGCAGCGUCUCGAGCGGACUCUGAUGAAUGGCGCCCGCUGCCAGCCGCCGUCGCUGCUAGAGCUGCAGGCCAUCCGCGGACGCCAGCCCCUGAAGCUGGACAUUCACCUGAUGGACGGAGAGACGCGUCGACUGCAGGUGGAUGCCGCCAGCACGGCCAGGGAGGCCGUGCAGCAGCUGUGCCAAGGCCUGGGACUGAGCGACUGCUUUGGCUUCGGAUUGCUGAUGUCGCUGCACGGCAGACUCAUGCCACUCGGCGCUGGACGAGAGCACGUGCUGGACGCCAUUUCGGUGUGCGAGCAGCGCCAGCUGGAUGCCCCCUGGAAGCUGUACCUGCGUAAGGAGAUGUUCGCCACGUGGCAUGAUCCCGCGGUGGACCCCAAGGCCACGCAUCUGAUCUACAAGCAGAUCAUGAACGGCCUCAAGUGCGGAGAGUAUCGCUGUCGCUCCGAGAAGGACAUUGCCAUGGUCUGUGCCUUGGCCUGCUUCAUUGAGCACGGCCCGGGCGCCAUCGGAAGCCUGCAGACCACCGAGAUCACGGCCUUCGUCCCCAGUGAUCUCCUGGCCCCGGGCGAGCGUGCCGUGCAGAACUGGAGUCGCCUCAUUGCAGCCACCUACGAGCGCAGUUCGUAUGUCAGGCAGGAGCAGGAGGCAGAGCAGCUGGCGGCCAGCCAGCAGAGGGCCAAGGAGGACAUCUGUUUGUUUGCCCAUCUCUCGUGGCCCAUGCGACACUCGCGGCUGUUCGAGGUGCUCCGCAAGGAGGGCCCAAAGCUGCAGAGCGACGAGCUGAUGCUGGCCAUCAAUGCCACAGGGCUCUUCCUGAUCGACGAAACGGAGCAGGUGCUGGCCUCCUGCAGCUUCGCCGAGCUGCUGAAGGUGCACACGGAGUCCAACGAGGAGCUGCACGUGCGCACCGUGCAGCAAGUGAACUUUGUGCUGCAGUGCAGCGCCGCCGAGGAUGCCAGCGAGGUCAUCAACUAUAUGCUGGACAAUCUCCGGCAGCGGUCCAGCUUCGGCGUGGCCCUCGACCACUCCCAGGAGUUGGACGACGAAGACUUCCUCACUCUCUCGCCCGGGGAUCUCGUCCAGUUCGACUCGGGUGUCACUGGGGCCCAACUGAUGGCCGGCAAUGCCCAGCAGUGCUGGCGUGGCUGUGUCCAGGGUCAGUGGGGUCAGUUCGCCGCUGGCAAUGUCCGUGUCCUGGCCACACUCACGGAGCCCACCGCCAAGCUGCAGGAGAUCUUCCGCGAAGGCCGAUUCGAUGAGGAGGCACCCAAGCCGAUUCCCCGCAAAGCUGUUCUACGCCGUCGUCAGCACAAUAUUUCUCAGCUGGCUGAGAUGCAGUUUAGGGAGGCCAUAGAAUCUGACAAGGCUCCUCUCUCGAAGUAUUCGCCGGAACCACUCAAGGCCCCACUACUCAAGGCGCUGGGAUCGAAGCCGCAGCUGUUUCAACAGGCCUUGGUCAUCUACCAUCACAUACUGAAGUACAUGGGUGAUAUAGCCAGGAGCAAUCUGCCCGUCAACACGGACCUCAUCUUCCAGCCGGCUCUGCAGCAUCCGCUGCUGUGCGAUGAGCUCUACUGCCAGCUGAUGAAGCAGCUGAGCGACAAUCCCUCCACGGAGGGCGAGAAGCGGGGCUGGGACCUGCUCUAUCUGGCCACGGGUCUGAUGGCGCCCAGUGUCCUGAUCAUGCGCGAGCUGCUCAUCCUGCUGCGCAUGCGCGCCGACUCGCUGGCGGAUGCCUGUCUGAAGCGCCUGAAGCGCUCCGUGCAGCACGGCCAGCGGAAGCAGGCGCCGCAUCUGAUCGAGGUGGAGGGCAUCCAGCAGCGGUGCAUGCACAUCUACCACAAGAUCUACUUCCCAGACGACACGGUGGAGGCCUUCGAGAUUGAGUCGCAUACGCGCGGGGCAGAGCUGAUCACGGAGAUCGCCCACCGACUGGAGCUGAAGACCGCCGUGGGCUACAGCAUCUUCCUGAAGACCGGCGACAAGGUGUACGCCAUGCCGGAGGCGGACUUUGUGUUCGAUUUCAUCAGCCAACUGCUGUACUGGCUGCGCCAGCAGAAGACCAUUCGCUCCGCCUGCGACGGCCACUACCAGCUGCACUUUAUGCGGAAGCUCUGGCUGAACAACCAGCCGGGCGAGGAUCCCAAUGGGGAUGUGAUCUUCAGCUAUCCCCAGGAGCUGCACAAGUAUCUGAAGGGCUACUAUCCCAUAGACUGCGAGCAGGCCUCGCAGCUGGCGGGACUCGUCUACAGUGCGGAUCAGGAGGUCAGUCUGCAGAGACUGCCGGAAGUGCUGCCCCGCCUGGUGCCCGAGGAUCUGAUACCCCUGCAGACGGUGGCUGAUUGGCGCCAGCAGAUCCUGCCACGAAUCCACCACGAGCAGUUGACCGAAGACCAGGCCAAGCUGCUGUUCCUGCAGGCACUCUCCCAGCAGCAGUGCUUCGGCUCCACCUUCUUUGUGGUAAAGCAGCAGAAUGACGAGACCCUGCCCGAGUGCCUUCUGAUCGCCAUCAACAGCUCCGGCUUCCACCUGCUGGACGCCCAGACGAAGCAAACCCUCCGAAGCUUCGAGUACUCGCAGCUCGGGAUGUGGAGCUCGGGGAAGAACCACUUCCACAUACGCUUCGGCAACAUGAUCGGAGCCUCGAAGCUGCUGUGCAGCACCACCCAGGGCUACAAAAUGGACGAUCUACUGGCCUCCUACGUGAGGUACUUUACUGAUCAGGAUCAGGGGUAGCCCCAUACAAUACACAUUGCUUAUAUAUAUCCCA